UAGAGUUGGACGGGUUCGGGCAGCGGAGUUGAGCCUCACUUGAAAAUUGAAAUCCCAAUCCAGCCUCCCUUUGAAUGGCGUCGCUUCUGUCUCCUUCCCCUCUCUUAUCUCUUCAACCACCUCAUCAUUCCCUCAAAAAGGGGGUUCCUUGUCUCGUUCGAGAUUCAUUGUCUUCCUCCAAUUCGAUUCCCCAGGUGGUUGUUACCCGAGAGAGUGGGAAGAACAAACAAAUCAUCAAAGCCUUGGAGAAACGUGGGAUUUCAUCUUUAGAGCUCCCACUGAUUCAACAUGCUCGCGGACCUGAUUUCGAUCGCCUUCCUUCUCUACUAACUGAUAAGAGCUUUGACUGGAUCAUCAUAACCUCUCCACAGGCAGCUUCUGUCUUUCUCGAGGCGUGGAAGGCAGCUUGCUCUCCAAAAGUGAAAGUAGGUGUAGUCGGAGCUGGAACUGCCCGUAUCUUUGAUGAGCCACUGCAAGCUUCACAAGGAGCGCUUCAUCUUGCCUUUACACCAUCUAAAGCAACUGGUAAAGUCUUGGCUUCAGAGCUUCCAGACAAUGUGGGCAAAACUUCUUCUGUCUUAUACCCGGCUUCUCUAAAAGCAAGCAAUGAGAUUGAGGAAGGAUUGUCCAGGCGUGGGUUUGACGUUCUGAGGCUGAAUACAUACACAACAGUUCCUGUGCAAAGUGUAGAUGCGACGCUUCUGCAACAGGCAUUGUCUGCGCCUGUUCUUUCUGUAGGUUCACCUUCUGCAAUCCGGGCCUGGAUGAAUUUGAUUCAAAACGAGAAGCAGUGGAGUAAUAAUGUUGCCUGCAUAGGAGAGACAACUGCUUCAGCUGCAAGACGACUAGGAUUUAAAAAGGUUUACCACCCGGAGCAACCAGGGCUUGAAGGAUGGGUCGACAGCAUCAUGGAAGCUCUAACCGCUCACGAAGAAUUACACAGAUUUUAAGCAACUCUAGCAGCAGGAACUGAGUCACACUCAUUCCACCCACUCAUAAACUGGACUUAUGGUGGACUGUGAACUGGGACACCUGCUUGUAAGUUAGAUGACUUGAAAAAUAACCAAAUGAUGGUGUUGAUAAUAUUCCUCAGCCCCUUUGGCAGCUUUUGUAAGGUAAAAAGGUGUAUAUUUUUGUUUGGAAUACUAACUUCUUGAACUAUCUAAAAAACAGUGAUAGUACCAAAGCAAA